CGAACCGAUUAUCCCGCUGUAAACUUCACAAUUCAAGCCACUCUCAUAGCAUUUCGUGACUGUGAGCUCUGUCGCAUCCUACACGGAGUUAUCUAGCUAGCUUCAUUAUCCAACUCUACAGUAUGCAAUCCGCUCAAGAACGCGUCAUGUCCCUGGUUGAGAGCAUUCAAUCCCCUGGGAAUCGAGGCCUUGUGACGGGGACCAUCGGUGUCGGCCUGCUGGCAUCGCUCCUGGGAUGGUGCUAUCAAGACUACCAGGGCUUUAUUGCUCUCGGCCCAGGAGGUCUCCCGUACAACUUGAGAGGAUGGGCCAUCGUUACGUUGUUCAUCAGGCCAUUUGCCAUGAGCAAGUCCAGAGUAACAUCUGUGACAGACUACCCGGAGCAUGGAGCCCCAGAGAUUGUCAAGCAACUCCCAGUUCGUCGCGGAGAGCGCGCCAUCCUGAGGGGCAUUGCACCUCACCGUCAGAUGUCGCAGCACGCUCCAGAAAAUAUGAGGGUUUAUAUGCAAAACCUCUUUAACAACGCUGUCAAGCAGCACCCAGGGCUAUUGGAGAUGAAAAAGUCCUUGUACGAACGGCACCACGACGCGCUGUUCGUGUCUGCCAAUCUGCUGCAAAGCCACAAGUCGUCGAUCCCCGAAACCGCGCGGAUUUCCCGCGGCGAGAUUGGGCACAUGCAUACAGACCUCUCUAUCCACCUCUACCUAUCCCCAGCCGACGCGCGCCAAAUAAUCGAGAAGAAGUGGGGAGAACGCCACAGGCUGUCUGUCCCCAAGACGUCCUGGUUCAACAAUAAGUUCGGGGUCGCCGACACCUACCUCAUGAUCUACGGCCCGAGGGAUGAGGAGGAGAUGGAGGUGCUGAAGGUCAUACUCGCAAGGAGCAUCUCCUUCAUGACUGGAAAGGAGAUAUCAGAGGAUAUCGUGUGGAGCGAGGCGCUGUGAUGGUUUGAAUGUGAUGUUUUCCCAUGGCGACUCCCACCCUAUUGUAUAGCACCUGUUUCGAAACUAAAAUUGACUACGUUUGUUGGCUGAAGCUCGAAAGACUUUUCUGAAAACUAAGUGGCCGUUGAGAUUGAGGGAUCUCGGAUGCAAUAUAACGAUUUAUCCUGUCUAGCUUGAAGCAUCCAUCAUACCUGCGAGACCCGGAAACAAAUCCUAUGGAGCACGCG